AUGGAUAGGGUCCUAAAAGCUGCAAGAGCCUCUGGUUCUCUCAACCUCUCCAAUCGUUCUCUUAAAGAUGUGCCCGAUGAGGUGUACCGAAGUUUGGAUGCAGUCGGGGCGGGUGAGAAGUGGUGGGAGGCUGUAGAGCUGCAAAAGCUGAUUUUGGCUCAUAAUAAUAUUGAGUCUUUAAAGGAAGACCUGAGAAAUUUAACUCAACUUACUGUGUUGAAUGUUAGUAAUAACAAACUCACGGAGCUUCCAGCUGCAAUCGGAGAGCUUGCCCUGCUUAAAUCAUUAGAGGUGUCAUUUAACAUGAUACAGAAAGUGCCUGAGGAAAUUGGAUCAGCAGCUGCUCUUGUCAAGUUUGAUUGUUCGGGCAAUCAACUUAAGGAACUUCCAGGUUCACUUGGAAGAUGUUUAGAUUUAUCUGAAUUGAAGGCAUCAAACAACUUUAUCAGCAGCUUGCCUGAGGACCUAGCAAACUGUUCAAAAUUGACAAAAGUAGAUGUCGAGGGAAACAAGCUAAAUUUUUCUGGGAGUUUGAUGGCAUCAUGGACCAUGCUUACAGAACUAAAUGCAUCAAAGAACAUGCUGACAGUUAUACCGGAUAACUUUGGAAGCCUUUCACGACUCAUUCGUCUUGACCUUCAUCAGAACAGAAUUUCUUCGAUUCCACCAUCAAUAAGGGGUUGCUGUUCCCUCAUGGAAUUUUAUAUGGGGAACAAUUCACUAUCUACUUUACCGGCAGAGAUUGGGGAACUUUGUCACUUAGCAACGCUAGAUCUCUACUCAAACCAGUUAAAGGAAUUUCCUAAGGAGGCAUGCAAAUUACGUCUUUCACUCCUAGAUCUUUCAAAUAAUUCAUUGAGUGGAUUGCCCUCAGAAAUUGGUAAGGUUAGCAAAUUUGCGAAACUGCUGCUUACUGGAAAUCUGUUGCGAACUUUACGAAGCUCUUUGGUUUCUGGACCGACACCUGCUUUAUUGAAGUAUCUUCGAAGUAGACUUUCUGAAGGUGAAGAUUCUGAGGUUACUACUCCAGCAAAGGAGGAUGUUAUUGCCAUGGCAGCUCGGUUAUCUGUUUGUUCCCAGGAACUUUCUCUUGAAGGGCUGGGUUUGAAUGCUGUUCCAUCAGAAGUAUGGGAAUCAGGUGAAGUUGUAAAAGUUGAUCUUUCUAGGAAUUCCGUCCAAGAGCUGCCAGUUGAACUUUCUUCAUGCAUCUCCCUCCAGAGUUUGAUUUUAUCCAGGAACAAGAUCCAAGAGUGGCCUGGCGCAAUUCUGAAAUCACUUGCUAAUCUUUCAAGUUUGAAGCUAGACUAUAAUCCACUCGGACAGAUUCCAUCAAAUGGAUUUCAAGCAGUCUCAAUGCUUCAGAUUCUGGAUCUAAGUGGUAAUCCAGCUUCAUUACCUGAAAAUCCAGCAUUUUCCAGCUUGCCUCAUUUGCAAGAGCUUUAUCUAAGACAUGUUCGAUUGCAAGAGGUACCAUUCGAUAUAUUGAACUUACAACAACUGCGAAUCCUUGACCUGAGACAAAACAUUUUACAAUCAAUCCCAGAGGGUUUCAAAAAUCUCACUUCUCUUACUGAGCUUGACCUGUCGGACAAUAAUAUUUCAGCACUUCCACCAGAGCUGGGUUUGCUUGAACCAAGCCUACAAGCCUUAAGACUUGAUGGGAAUCCAUUGAGAAGCAUAAGGAGGACAAUUUUAGAUAGAGGAACAAAGGCUGUUCUGAAAUAUUUGAAGGACAAAAUUCUAGAGCAGUAGCAUGUUCUAUCUUAUUUUGAUACCAUAGCUUGCUUUCACAACUUUUUUUCUUAAUUGGAAAGACCUCCUGUGUGGAAUUGUUAUCUGUGUACAAACAAAUGGCUACACUGCUACCUUUCAUAAGAUACUUUGUUUUAUUGUUGCUGAUUUCCUCAUCUGCUUGUGUUAACUUAUUUUGUUGAUUUAUGGCUUCAAUAAUAGAAUGCAAUAUUUUUUAGGAUUAA